CGCUACAAGCUGGAGAGUCAAAAUGGUACUCUUCGCCUUGGUGUUGGCAGCGCUGGCGCUGGGACUUUUCCUGAGCCUCUUGUGGGCCGAGUACUCCAAGCCUGCCAACUUUCCGCCAGGUCCAGCGUGGCGACUACCAGUAUGGGGAAAUUACCUGCAGCUUCGUCUGGAAAACUUCAAGUUCCCGUAUCGGGCGCUGGACGCCAUGGCGCGGCGCUACCACACCAAGCUGCUCGGCUUCUACUUCGGGCCGUACCCGACCGUGGUGGCUUGCGACUACGACGCGGUCAAGGAGGUGCUGGCCAACCCACACUUACAGGGGCGCGCCAGCAACGUCGCCAUCAGGGACCGGGCCUACGGCAAGGAUCUCGGAGUGUUCUUCGUAGAUGGAGAACUGUGGAAGGAACAACGCCGCUUUAGCCUUCGGUAUCUGCGCGAUUUCGGCUUUGGACGUCGUUCUAAACAACUGGAAGCUGAAAUAGAAGCUGAAGUGAAGGAUUUGCUUGAAAUGAUCCGCGGUGAACGAGAGGGUGAGCAAAUGGUUGAUGAACAUAAAAAUACAAUGUGCGACGAUGACAUGAGAGACUUCAUUGAUGUCUAUCUGAAAGAGAUGAUGAAAAAACAAAAGACUGCGGAACCAUCAUUCUUUUCAACUGAGCAGCUGGUGGUGACGAUGCUGGACUUCAUCAUCCCCACCACGACGUCGCUGGCCGUGGCCCUGACCUGGUACCUGAUGUGCGUAGCGCACCACCCGCGCGUCCUGCGGCGCAUACACCAGGAGCUGGACGCCGUCGUCGGCCGUGGCCGCCUACCCUCUCUCGAUGACAGACCGAGGACGCCGUACUUUGAGGCCAGCAUACGAGAGUCACUUAGGCUUUGCACUCUCAGCCCAAUCUCAAUUCCUCACAGAGCGACGCAGGACACUACGUUGAAAGGAUACUUUAUUCCCGCGAAUACCAUUGUUAUAACGAAUCUGUGGAGCGUACAUAUGGAUGAAAAUCUGUGGGGUGAUCCGAAAAAUUACCGACCAGAAAGAUUUCUGGAGAGUGACGGCACGCUUACUAAGAAGGACUACACUCUGCCCUUUGGUGCAGGCAAACGGCUGUGCCCUGGAGAGACAUUUUCCCGCCAGAACUUCUACCUCUUGUGUGGCGCUCUUCUGCAGAACUUCACAAUCGAGCCAGAUGGCGUACCGCCAUUAGAUUCCAACAUACCUGGCUUCGUUGAGACUCAGCCGUCCUUCUGGGCCAGGUUCACUCCUCGUUGAUGAGGGCAGGAUGUGAAAUGGAAAAGAAUGAUUGCUGACAACCAAACUGUAUUUGCUUACCUUGAGACACCUUCCAACAGUCUCAUGGAAAGGUGGUUAUUAAAUACCAACAAUCACUGUACUAUUUCCUUAAACUUAUCACAAAUGUAGAGGUAUUUAAUUACACACAUGAUUUCAGAAAUUGCUGUAGACUCUUGUGGAACUGGCUAAAACAAUGAAUGGACUGGAGAAUUUUAUCAAGUGACACUUGAUUUCAAUACAUUUCCUUUGUCACCGUUCUUACUCAUAACUGUCAGUCACGAAAGUGAGAAUGUUAUUCUUCGCUUCACGCUUAUCAGCUUCAAAAGUCGAGACUAGCGUGCAGAUAUAUUCAACGUUAUUGAAUUUUAAUUUCUCUUAUAAACUGACAGAUACCAAUAACAGCGUGUAUUACUAAAAUACGGAUAUAAAUUCUCCCAAAAGUAAGCAAACACAGACAGAGAGGUUUAAUGUGGCACUGUGCCUACUAGUGAAUUGAAGUAUUUUCCGGAAGUCUUUUAACUUCUGCUGAUUAACGACUACUCAGUGACAGGAAAAGGAAUCGUGUGUAGAUGGCGUAUAAAAGAAUGGAAGGAGAAGUCAAGAUUCUUGUCAUACUCAAAAUGAUGAAACACAGCACAUUCAUUCUAUUCAAUAAAUUUCCCAUUUGAUUUUAUCAUAAAUUAUUUUUAUGAAAUUUAUAUUUUCAUUAUAGUAAUAUAUGCCAUAGUUUAUGUCUGCCUGUUUAUAAGACAAUUUCAAAUUCUUUAACAUAAAAUAUAUCUGGACGCCGUUCUUAACUUUUGAAACCAGUAAGCAUGAAGAGCAGUAGUACUGUUUUUAUGCCAUCUAAAUUCCCAGAUUGCGAUAAAAUUCAGAAGAUUUCAACAAAAUGUCGAGUGUCGUACACUCCUGAUUCUACUCGAUAUUUUUGUGUUAUGUUCUCAUAUAUUUGUAUUCAAAAUCAGUGAUUAAUCUCUUAACAGGGUCCUUUUCUUCUUUACAUAUCUUUGUGUAGCAUUCAUUGUUCUACAGGUUCUGUACCUUCUGUGGAGCACAGUGCACUGUGUUGUCUAUCUCUUACUGAAAGAUUAUCGCAGUCCUUCUUUGUAUAUGUAGACAAUUGUUUGUAUUAUUGGGAUUCUUGUCAUAUGAUGAAAUAAAACCAGUUCAUCCUAAUCAUAAAGUGUGCCAUUUGAUUGUAUUACAAAUUGCAUUGUAAGGCGUAACUUUACU